AGAACAGAAAAGAGGACAAGGACAGAGGACAACCCUCUCCCUCUCUUCAAGCUUUUUGACCAAACGGGACCGACAAUGUCCACCUCAAAAAAGCCAACCUUUUUCAAGAUUUUCCUUCCCGAACAAAGUGCCCGUCGAAUGAGAAUCCCUCCCGCAUACCGGAAGCAUAUGAAAGGGAAGAGCUCAGGAUAUUUUUACCUGAAGGGACCCAGUGGCUACUAUUGGCCGGUGAAGCUUAUCGAGGAAAGCAGCAACUUAUUCCUCACCAGAGGGUGGCCUGCAUUUGUGAAAGACCACGACAUACAUCACGGGCACUUCCUCUUAUUCAAGUUCGAUGGGGAGACAACUUUGAAGGUUAAGGUCUUCAGCCAUACUGCAUGCGAGGAUAAGGCUGCUUUCAGUGCCAAACCUUCUGGAGGUGAUGGUAAUAACAACCCGCCCAACCCCGUGAAAGCACUCGUCGCAAAAGUGAAAAAGGAGGAGGAUGCUUGGGACAGACUGGUGAAAGCUAUGGUGCAAGCAGGGGCUCCAUCUACUGCUACUAAUCCACAUUUCGCACUACAACUCAAAGCCUACAGCGUUCAAGACCGGGGCAGAGGAAAGACUCUCGUGAUUCCGAGUUCAUUCGCCAAAAUCCAUUUCGUGAAGCCGAAGACGCCUAUUGUUCUUCAAUGGGAGGACAAGGAAUGGCCUGCUACUGUGAACAAGUCGCUUGAGCGCUCUUACCUACGUGGGGGAUGGGGGAAUUUCUUGAAGGAGAGCAAAGUCCAGGAAGGGGACACUUGCAAGUUCGAGCUGCUGGAACCAUCUGUCUUGCGCGUGCAUAUCUUGAAACUUAUAGAGGAAGAGUAUCCUGAUCAGUGACUAGUCUGAACUUAGAUGUUGUUAACCUUAAAAGACCUGAUACUAAUCUUUUAGCCGUACUGUCGCCAGUAUUGUUGUAAUGCCUGAUCUUUUAGUAUUCAAACUAGGUUCCCUCGAAUUCCGAUGGUAUGAUCUUAUCUUUGCGUAACGUAUCAAUGAAUGGAUGAUAGAUUUUCAUGA